GUAGGGGGCAGGAGUGACGAGACAAAAACGAGAAGAUGGCGUCAAGUACGAUAUCACGCGUAAAUCAGCUGUACUUUGUGCUUCGAACUCGAGAUAACCUCUUUGCGUGUGUUAAAAGACCUUUUCCCAUUUCCUUUCCCCUUAACUCUUUAAUGCCUAUGAGGAGUAUACUUAAUAUAACGUCAAAAGUCGAACGAUCGAUCAGUAUUCAUCGAGAAAUUCAGAAGCUCAUCGAUUCGAAGACAUUCGUUUUUAUAUUCGCGUGAAUAUUAUCAACGAUAAGGAUAGAUUCAUUUUUUAACAUUUAUAUAUAUAUAUAUAUAUAUAAUUUGUGUCUCUUUCUCUCAUUCUUUUUUGUUCGUUCUUUUUUCUUUCUUUCUUUUUUUUUUUUCCAACAAAGGCGCGAGUGACGCGCGCAUACACACAUAAUACACAGUAUAUAUAUAUAUAUAUAUAUAUAUUCAAAGUUUAGGCGGGAAAUUUAGUGCCAGUGUUAAAUAUAUUUCAAUAGUCAAUUGGAAAGAUUGAAAAUUUUAAUUCUUUCAAUCUGUCAGCACACGGAGGAAUGCAAAAGGAUUGUCGAGACUGUUUGGGUAUCCGAUACCGCAUCAACAGUCUGGAUCAAACGUGGAAGUGGUUACAUCAGACCAUUGCCCUUCACGACUAUCUAAUAUCCAUCACGGCGAGUCAAUCCGACGUCUCGAGACAUACAAUUUAUUAGAGUAAGAGUGAGAAAGAGAGAGGGAAAAAUAAGAAAGAAAAGAAUUUUUUAUUUACGGAGAAAAUUAUAAAGCAAACCUAUUUCUCUGAUCUCACAACUUCUUGUCUCGAGAUAAUAUAAUAUUAGAAAAAGAAUAAUAAUAAUAAUAAUAAUAAUAAUAAUAAUAAAAAGAAGAAGAAGAAGAAACCUUGACGUUCAUUUAGUCUAAGACUGAUAAAAAGUAUCGUCGGAUUGUUGAUUCCUAAUAACAUAGGAAGAAAGAAAAAUAAAAAUAAAAAGAAAUAAUAAUAAUAUUAAUAAUAAAAAAAAAAAAAAAAAAGAAGAAGAACAAAACAAGAAAGAUAAGAAGAAAAUCAAGUGACCGCCAAACAUUUGUGUUCUACUUUACCGAUCGUCGAAAAUUAAGAUAAUAGUAGUUAACGUAGAGUUCUCUCUCUCUCUCUCCUUUUUUUUCUGCUCUAUCGAUAAAGUCGAUCGAUAAAGUCACGUGGAUACGAAAGUAGAUAAAAUAGUACUGUGUACGUUGCUUACGUGAGGGAGAAAGAGAGAGUGAGAU